AUGUCCGCCGUGCCCCUCCCCUCGCCACCCACUCAAACCAUCCACAGCAUUGCAACCGCACCCUCAUCCUCAACCCUGCCUACUCCUCUUGCGCUCCCCGGUCCUCUCGCAUCCUCCUCCUCCUCGGCGCCGGCCUGGCCGUACACCGCUCCUUGCUCCGAGGGCAACCCGUACUCGCCACCACAGCCAGCCUUCGUCUUCCUCCCCCGUUCCCCGGUCCUCCCUCCGACUCCAGUCUCGGAGUACGGCGCCCCAGCAGCGGCGGCGGUGCACUCCCCCACCGCGCGCCUCACCACCCUUGCCGAUCUCCUCAUCCACGCUCCCGGAUCCAAGCGCAAGCGUCCCAUCUCGCACGUCGACGGUAUCGCCGUGGGAUGUAUCCUCAACUCUAGCAGCGGCGACACGGCCCACGUCCAGAACCCCGCCGCCUCGGCUUUCAAGACGCCCUCGGAACGCACCGUGCUCACCCCGCGCCGCUUGAAGCAAGACAAGGAACAGGUGGGUUCUUUGGGUGGUGGCUUCUCUGGGGGACAAAGAGGAUGGGCGUGGCGCUUGGGCGAUAAGGAAUCCGAGGCGUGCGGUGGCCAGGUACCUCAGACAGACGCUGACCUGCCUGCUUUUCAAGACCAUUCUUCCACCCCGCUACACGCCGCCGCAGUCGACCUGCAACACGGACGAUGA